UCCAAAUCAUAGUGUAAAAUAUUCAAGCAGUUUAGGGUUAAUAUGAUGUUUAUAAUUAUAUCCACCAUAAUUACUGUUCCACAUGUGACAAUAACCUGUCAGUAAGUGAAGAUACUGAGCAGGUGACAGAAUAAAGUGCAACACCGGCUGCGGGUCACUGUGACGUCACACCUCUCUCUUCCCGCCUAUUUCCUGCCUACAUUUACUUUCUCUUUCUCUGACAUGAUGGCGCAGAUUCUUUCCUCCAUCUAAAGGUGAAGGCAGAAAGUGUGUGUGACUGAUGUGGAUGUGACUUCAGCAGCAUGGAUCAGUGUGAGGACAGAGAGGAGGGAGUCCCUCCCUCUAAAAGCUCUCUGUGUGGGGAACAUGACAGCCAGACCAAAGCUCAGAGAACAAGGAGGCAGCACAGACCAGACUCUGCUGGACCUGGACCUGGACCUGGACCUGAACCUGGACCUGAACCCAGCUGUGUGUCCUUCAAGAGCGACCGGUCAAAGGAUGAAUUUAUUUAUUUUAAACAACAACAUUCAUCUGAUAAAAAGAUCCAUCAGAGACCAGAUUCCCCUGGACCUGAACCCAGCUGUGUGUCCUUGAAGAGCGACCAGUCAAAGGACGCUUUCAUUGAAUUUAAACAACAACAUUCAUCUGAUCAAAAAGUGGACCCGGAGAGCUCAGAGGUUCCCAGUGGUCAGUCUGCCCAGCAGCAUCAAACACACCUGGACUCCAUAUUUAUGCUUCUGGAGGAGAACAUCAUCACUUUUGUGAAGAAUGAGCUUAAGAAGAUGCAGAGGGUUCUGAGUCCUGAUUACCCAGAAUGCCUAGAGAGUCAGAGGGAGGAUGAGGAGGUGUUGGACUGUGGGGAGGAAGAGGAGAGGAGGAGCAGCAGAGAGUCAUUUCUGAAGAUCACGCUGCACUUCCUGAGGAGAAUGAAGCAGGAGGAGCUGGCUGACCGUCUACAGAGCAAAUCUCCUGCAAUGUGCCAGCUUAACCUCAAGUCUAGCCUGAAGAAGAGGUUCCAGUGUGUGUUUGAGGGGAUUGCUAAAGCAGGAAACCCAACCCUUCUGAAUCAGAUCUACACAGAGCUCUACAUCACAGAGGGAGAGACUGCAGAGGUCAAUGAUGAACAUGAGGUCAGACAGAUUGAAACAGCAUCCAGGAAACCAGACAGACCAGAAAUAACAAUCACACAAGAAGACAUCUUUAAAGCCUCACCUGGAAGAGAUGAACCAAUCAGAACAGUGAUAACAAAGGGAGUGGCUGGCAUUGGGAAAACAUUCUUAACACAGAAGUUCACUCUGGACUGGGCUGAAGACAAAGCCAACCAGGACAUACAGUUCACAUUUCCAUUCACUUUCAGAGAGCUGAAUGUGCUGAAAGAGAAAAAGUACAGCUUGGUGGAACUUGUUCAUCACUUCUUUACUGAAACCAAAGAAGCAGGAAUCUGCAGGUUUGAAGAGUUUCAGGUUGUGUUCAUCUUUGAUGGUCUGGAUGAGUGUCGACUUCCUCUUGACUUCAACAACAAUGAGAUCCUGACUGAUGUCACAGAGUCCACCUCAGUGGAUGUGCUGCUGACAAACCUCAUCAGGGGAAAACUGCUUCCCUCUGCCCGCCUCUGGAUAACCACACGACCUGCAGCAGCCAAUCAGAUACCUCCUGAGUGUGUUGGCAUGGUGACAGAGGUCAGAGGCUUCACUGACCCACAGAAGGAGGAGUACUUCAGGAAGAGAUUCAGAGAUGAGAAGCUAGCCAGCAAAAUCAUCUCCCACAUCAAGACAUCACGAAGCCUCUACAUCAUGUGCCACAUCCCAGUCUUCUGCUGGAUCACUGCUACAGUUCUGGAGGAUGUGUUGAAAAUCAGAGAGGGAGGAGAGCUGCCCAAGACCCUGACUGAAAUGUACAUCCACUUCCUGGUGGUGCAGUCCAAACUGAAGAAUGUCAAAUAUGAUGGAGGAGCUGAGACAGAUCCACACUGGAGUCCAGAGAGCAGGAAGAUGAUUGAGUCUCUGGGAAAACUGGCUUUUGAGCAGCUGCAGAAAGGAAACUUGAUCUUCUAUGAAUCAGACCUGACAGAGUGUGACAUCGAUAUCAGAGCAGCCUCAGUGUACUCAGGAGUGUUCACACAGGUCUUUAAAGAGGAGAGAGGGCUGUACCAGGACAAGGUGUUCUGCUUCAUCCAUCUGAGCGUUCAGGAGUUUCUGGCUGCUCUUCAUGUCCACCUGACAUUCAUCAACUCUGGAGUCAAUCUGCUGGCAGAAGAACAAACAACUUCCAGAAAGUCUGAAACUAAACAAGAAUCUGUGGAGACGUAUCUCUACCAUAGUGCUGUGGACAAGGCCUUACAGAGUCCAAAUGGACACCUGGACUUGUUCCUCCGCUUCCUCCUGGGUCUUUCACUGCAGACCAAUCAGACUCUCCUACAAGGCCUUCUUACACAGACAGGAAGAAGCUCACAGACCUAUCAGGAAACAGUCGAGUACAUCAAGAAGAAAAUCGAGAUGAAUCCCACUCCAGAGAGAAGCAUCAAUCUGUUCCACUGUCUGAAUGAACUGAAUGAUCGUUCUCUUGUGGAGGAGAUCCAACAGUACCUGAGAUCAGGAAGUCUCUCCACAGAUAAACUGUCUCCUGCUCAGUGGUCAGCUCUGGUCUUCAUCCUACUGUCAUCAGAAAAAGAUCUGGAUGUAUUUGACCUGAAGAAAUACUCUGCUUCAGAGGAGGCUCUUUUGAGGCUGCUGCCAGUGGUCAAAGCUUCCAAGAAAGCUCUGCUGAGUGGCUGUAACCUCUCAGAGAGAAGUUGUGCAGCUCUGUCUUUAGUUCUCAGCUCCCAGUCCUCUAGUCUGAGAGAGCUUGAUCUAAGUAAUAACAACAUGCAGGAUUCAGGAGUGAAGCUGCUGUCUGCUGGGCUGGAGAGUCCACACUGUACACUGGAAACUCUCAGGCUGUCAGGCUGUCUGAUCACAGAGAAAGGCUGCGCUUCUCUUGCCUCAGCUCUGAGUUCCAACCCCUCCCAUCUGAGAGAGCUGGAUCUCAGCUACAAUCAUCCAGGAGAGUCAGGAGAGAAGCUGCUGUCUGCUGCACUGGAGGAUCCACACUGGAGAUUGGACACUCUCAGAGUGGACCCUAAUGGAGUCCAGUGGUUGGAAUCAGGUCUGAGGAAGUAUUUCUGUGAACUCACACUGGACCAAAACACUAACCACAAAUUCCUCAAGCUGUCUGAAAACAACAAAAAGGUGACCGAUCUGAGAAAGGAGCACCUGUAUCCUGAUCAUCCGGAGAGGUUCGACUACUGGCCUCAGGUGCUGUGUGAAGAAGGUCUGACUGGUCGCUGUUACUGGGAAGUGGAGUGGGAAGGAAAGGUUUAUAUUGCAGUGAGCUACAGAGGCAUUGGACGGAGCGGAGACAGCGAUGGCUCCAAGUUUGGAGGGAAUGAUCGGUCCUGGUGUUUGAGCUGCACUGAUGGGGGAUACAAUGCGUGGCACAAUAACAGCGGGACUCUCAUUCCUCUUCCCUCCCCGUCCUCAGUCUCUCACAGAGUAGCAGUGUAUGUGGACUGUCCUACUGGCACUCUGUCCUUCUACAGAGUCUCCUCUGACUCACUGAUCCACCUCCACACCUUCAACACCAUGUUCACUGAACCUCUUUAUCCUGGGUUUGGGUACGGGGUGAAGUUAAACUCCUCAGCUUUUCUGUGCCAACUGUAGAUUAUUGUUCUCUUCUAAAUCCAUACCCCAUACUAACUCCAUAUAGUGUUUAUAUACCACGUACUCCUUUUCAAAGUUUAAAGUUUACAGUUUACAUUCAUUUUAAUUUAUUCCAGCCAGUCUGCAAACAGUCUGGUUUGAGUAACUUAAUUUUGUAACUCUCUCCAUAAGGAUCACGUUGGUAGAAUUUUUACACAUUUUAAACUUGCUCAGAGAUGGACGCACUCAAAUCUUUUACCUAAAUAAAAGCAGCACUACCACAAUGUAAAAAUACUCAAUGUCAAGGGAUAGUAGUUAAGUAAGUAAAUGUACAGAAGUAUUAUGAUAGAUAGAUGGAUAGAUAAAUAGAUAGAUAGAUAGAUAGAUAGAUAGAUUGACCGACCGACAGACCAAAAAGAUUUAGGUUACUAUGUAUAUUGCACAGUUAUCAGUACCGGAAGAAUUAACAAGAUAAAUGAUCAAAAAGAUAAAUAUGGAAUUACCAAUUUAUAUGAAUUUAAUUAACUGUUGCACUGUAUAUUCAAAGUUGUAGUACUUAAAGUAUUAAAAGUGAAAGUACUCGUUUUGCCUUGACUGAUAGAAUAUAUGACAUUAUUAGAUUAUUAAUAGUAGUAUGAAUAAUACUCAACUUCAAAUACCUUUAAAUUGUCCUUAAGUAUGAGCUUGAGUAAAUAUAUUUAAUUCCAGCCAGUCUGCAAACAGUCUGAUUUGAGUAAGCUUUUCCAGAUGUACUUUCUCCUGAUAGACAUUUUACUGAUAGACAACUUUUUAUACAUUUAAAACCUUUCUACCAGUAGAUAUGCUAUGAAUCCUAAAUUUGUAAUGUCUAUAUUUAUAAGUGGUUUUAUUUGUUAUAAAAUAUUUAUAUUGUUAGUGUCUCCAUAUUCAUUAUAUGUAUUUUAAAUAUCUAUACAAUAUGUAUAGUAUAUUAUUACUGUGCUACUGAUGGUAGAAAAGUAAUUGUUUCUGCCAUGACAUAACCUUAAAGUUAUAAAUGUAAGGUUAGUAGAGUUCAGUUUGAUGAACACUGCCCCCUGUGGACAGAGUGAGGGACUGCUACAAGUAUCAACAUCAAGUUAUAAAUACAGUGUUCUUAGAGCUCAGUUCAGUGAAUACAGCCACUGGUUGGAAUGAGCUACAUAAACUCUACACGACACAGCUCAUUAAAGUGAGCAUAAUUUACUUAUUAGCAUUUGUUAUCCAUGCCAGUUAUUGAAUAUUAAUAAUAUUGGAUUCAUUUUGGUUUGUUGUUUUGAGUUUUACUGUUACACAUGCAAGUGUAUUUCUUACGUUACUCAUGGGUACAAUUUUUUACUUCAAAUUGCCUUUUGUAAUGCAUAUACAGCCACAAUAAAGAAUGUGUUAAAUCCGUCAUGCUCACGAAUGUUUACUAGUAGUUUGAACAGUUAAUUAGGCUGAGUCUCUCAUUCUGACGGUGUUUUGAAAGCUAUAGUAUGUUUUGUUCUGGUCUUAAUCAGUGAAUAAGUUGGUAAAUUUGGUAAAUUUUCAAAAUCUAAAUUCAAACCAAAAGAAUGUGUAAAAUGCUUUAAGAAACAAUUAAAGUGUGUAAAAAC